GGCGAUCUUUGCGGGGGACGUGCAGGAGGCGGGGCUUGGCUGAGGUUUCACAGAGUCUGCGCGGACGGUAGCUUGACUGGAACAUGGCGACUUGCGCUGAGAUCCUGCGGAGCGAGUUCCCCGAAAUUGACGGACAGGUCUUCGACUACGUGACGGGCGUCUUGCACAGCGGCAGCGCGGACUUCGAGUCAGUGGAUGAUCUAGUGGAAGCUGUGGGGGAACUGUUGCAAGAGGUGUCCGGGGACAGCAAGGAUGACGCGGGCAUCAGGGCCGUGUGCCAGCGCAUGUACAACACUCUGCGCCUGACUGAGCCACAGACCCAGGGAAACAGCCAAGUGCUACUAGACGCCCCCAUCCAGUUGUCAAAGAUAACAGAAAACUACGAAUGUGGUACCAAACUUCCAGGACUGCUAAAGAGAGAACAGUGCUCGACAGUGAACGCAAAGAAGCUUGAGAAGGCUGAGGCUCGUCUGAAGGCAAAGCAGGAGAAGCGCUCAGAGAAAGACACACUCAAGACCAGCAAUCCUCUUGUCUUGGAAGAAGCAUCGGCCAGCCAAGCAGGCAGCAGAAAGGAGAGUCGGUUGGAAUCAUCUGGCAAGAACAAAUCAUAUGACGUGCGAAUUGAGAACUUUGAUGUGUCUUUCGGUGAUAGAGUGCUUCUGACUGGAGCAGAUGUAAACCUGGCCUGGGGCCGCCGCUAUGGACUGGUGGGUCGGAAUGGGCUGGGGAAGACAACACUGCUGAAGAUGCUGGCCACCCGGAGCCUGCGGGUUCCGUCCCACAUUUCCCUGCUGCAUGUAGAGCAGGAGGUUGCUGGAGAUGACACCCCUGCCUUGCAGAGUGUGCUGGAGAGUGACACAGUGCGAGAGAACCUCCUGCGGCGGGAGCAGCAGCUCAGCGCCCAAAUUGCUGCUGGCAGGACUGAGGGCUCAGAAGCUGCACAGCUGGCAGAAAUCUAUGCCAAGUUGGAGGAGAUUGAGGCUGAUAAGGCACCUGCCAGGGCAUCAGUCAUUCUUGCUGGGCUUGGCUUUACCCCUAAAAUGCAGCAGCAGCCCACCCGGGAGUUCUCAGGUGGCUGGAGAAUGAGACUGGCCCUGGCCCGGGCCCUGUUUGCUAGGCCAGAUCUUCUGUUGUUAGAUGAACCCACGAACAUGCUGGAUGUAAGGGCCAUCCUGUGGCUGGAAAAUUACCUGCAGACAUGGCCCUCUACAAUCCUGGUCGUCUCCCACGACCGCAACUUCCUGAAUGCCAUAGCCACAGACAUCAUCCACCUGCACAGCCAGCGGCUAGAUGGCUACCGGGGGGACUUUGAGACCUUCAUCAAGAGCAAGCAGGAGCGGCUACUCAACCAGCAACGUGAAUAUGAGGCACAGCAGCAGUACCGCCAGCAUAUCCAGGUUUUCAUUGACCGGUUUCGCUAUAAUGCCAAUAGAGCCUCUCAAGUACAGAGUAAACUCAAGAUGCUGGAGAAGCUACCAGAGCUGAAACCCGUGGACAAGGAAUUAGAGAUAGUGAUGAAGUUUCCUGAUGGGUUUGAGAAGUUCUCACCACCAGUUCUACAACUAGAUGAGGUGGAUUUCUACUAUGAUCCUAGGCAUGUCAUCUUCAGCCGUCUCUCCGUCUCUGCUGAUCUCGAGUCUCGCAUCUGUGUGGUUGGGGAGAAUGGGGCUGGGAAGUCUACCAUGCUGAAGCUGCUUAUGGGCAACCUGGCACCUGUUCGGGGCAUUAGACAUGCUCAUAGGAAUCUGAAGAUUGGCUAUUUCAGCCAGCACCAUGUGGAGCAGCUAGACCUGAAUGUCAGUGCUGUGGAACUGCUGGCACACAGGUUUCCCGGACGGCCUGAGGAGGAGUACCGUCACCAGUUGGGUCGGUAUGGCAUCUCCGGAGAGCUGGCCGUGCGCCCUGUUGCCAGCCUGUCCGGGGGCCAGAAGAGCCGGGUAGCCUUUGCUCAGAUGACCAUGCCCUGCCCCAACUUCUACAUUCUGGACGAACCCACAAACCACCUUGAUAUGGAGACGAUCGAGGCCCUGGGCCGUGCGCUCAACAGUUUCAGGGGCGGUGUGAUUCUGGUGUCCCACGAUGAGCGCUUCAUCCGGCUGGUAUGCCGAGAGUUGUGGGUGUGCGAAGGAGGUGGCGUCACCCGGGUCGAGGGGGGCUUUGACCAGUACCGUGCCCUUCUCCAGGACCAGUUCCGCCGGGAGGGCUUCCUCUAGGACCACCGGACUGAAGAGGACUGUGCCCAGGACAUGGACUGGUCUCAGAGCCCUGGGCCACCACAUAGGCAACCAUCUCUAGGCCACGGACGUCCCCUGACUUUGGGGACAGCCUUAUUCCCAAAAUCUCCUUUUGACAGGAGCAUCCUCUGCACAACCCAGGGAGCCCCAUCUAAGGACCUGUAAGGACUGGUCUUCCAAGGGGAAGGGGUGGGGAGUGCCCUGUGGGUUAUAGAUACCCCCACUGCCCCAGCGUUGACUGGGCUCGAGCAGCUGCUGUGUAAAUUAAAUCUCCCCCUGCA